AUGCCCGAGUUCCUGGAAGACCCCUCGGUGCUGACGAAAGAGAAGUUGAAGAGUGAGUUGAUCGCCAACAAUGUGACGCUCCCGGCCGGGGAACAACGCAAAGACGUUUACGUGCAGCUUUACCUGCAGCACCUCACGGCGCGCAACCGGCCGCCUCUGGCCGCCAGCGCAAACAGCAAGGGGCCCCCGGACUUCUCCAGCGACGAGGAGCGCGAGCCCACUCCUGUUUUCGGUUCCGGAGCCGCCAUCGCCGGCCGGAGCCGAGCCGCCGUCGGCAGGAAAGCCACAAAGAAAACUGAUAAACCCAGAAUAGAAGAUAAAGAUGAUCUAGAUGUAACAGAGCUCACCAAUGAAGAGCUUCUGGAUCAGCUUGUGAAAUACGGAGUGAAUCCUGGCCCUAUUGUGGGGACAACUCGGAAGCUGUAUGAGAAAAAGCUGCUGAAACUAAGGGAACAAGGAACAGAAUCAAGGUCAUCUACACCUCUGCCAACAGUUUCUUCUUCAGAAAAUACAAGGCAGAAUGGAAGUAAUGACUCAGACAGAUACAGUGACAAUGAAGAAGGAAAGAAGAAAGAACACAAGAAAGUGAAGUCCACUAGGGAUUUUGUUCCUUUUUCUGAACUUCCAACUACUCCCUCUGGUGGAUUUUUUCAGGGUAUUUCUUUUCCUGUAAUCUCUACCCGUCCUCCUUUGGGCAGGACUGAACUACAGGCAGCUAAGAAAGUACAUACUUCUAAGGGAGAUCCACCUAGGGAACCUGUUAUUUCCACAGCAUUGUCUGGCAGGGGACAGUUGGAGAAGUUAGCCUCUGGAGGGAAUUUGCUUAUUUCCUCCAAGUCUAGCCAUGAUAGAGGGUUAGAGAAAAGUUCAUCACCUCAGCGUCAGCUUGCUGCUAUGUUGGUCUCUGCUGUAGCUUCUCCUUCAGUAAUUAAAGAAACCACUACUACUCACUAUAAAGAAAUGGUAGAAAAUAUUUGCUGUGGAAAGAAAAGUGGAAUUCAACCAUUAUGUACUGAGAGGACCCAUAUUUCAGAUCAGUCAAGUGUCUCCAGUGAAAUGGAAAGAUUAGAAGAGUCUGUGAGAUCACAAGUAAUUUCUCCACCACUUGCUCAGGCAAUCAGAGAUUAUGUCAGUUCUCUUUUGGUGCAGGGUGGGGUCGGUAAUUUGCCUGAGACUUCUCAGUCUGUGCCCACACUGGAUAUAGAAAAGACACGGAAGAGAAAGGAAACUGAAUCCCUGUCUCCUCCACGAAAAUUGCCUAGAUGCAGUGAGACAUCAGUAGAAGAAAGGGAUUCAGGGUCUUCUUUUGUAGCAAUUCAAAAUACACCUGGAGAUGAAUCAAUGUCUUCUUUUGCUAAAAAUGUUGUCUCUCACACUCUCACUACCUUAGGCAUUGAAAUGUCUGAGCAAUCACAGCCUGAUAAAAUAGAUGCCUCUGAACUAUCCUUCCCCCUCCAUGAAUCUAUUUUAAAAGUAAUUGAAAAGGAAUGGCAGCAAAUUGACAGGCAGCUGCCUUCACUGGCAUUCAGGUACCUAGUUUCUUCUAGAGAGGCAUCACAGGUACUAUCAGUUCCAAAAGUAGAUGAUGAAAUCCUAGGGUUUAUUUCUGAAGCCACUCCUCCAACGGGUAUUCAGGCAACCUCCACUGAGGUUUAUGAUAAACAGUUGGAUUUCGCACUUUGUAGAACCUAUGAAGCUGCAGCAUCAGUAUUGCAGAUUGCAACCCACACUGCCUUUGUAGUUAGGGCUAUGCAGGCAGACAUCAGUCAGGCUGCCCAGAUUCUUAGUUCUGAUCCUAGUCAAGUGCACCAGGCCCUUGGGAUUCUGAGCAAAACAUACGAUGCAGCCUCAUUUCUUUGUGAAGCUGCAUUUGAUGAAGUGAAAAUGGCUGCCCAUACCAUGGGAUCUUCCACUUUGGGUCGCCGAUAUCUCUGGCUGAAGGAUUGUAAAAUUAAUCAAGCUGCUAAGAAUAAAUUGGCAGCUACCCCUUUUAAAGGUGGAACAUUGUUUGGAGGAGAGGUUUAUAAAAUAAUUAAAAAACGGGGAAAUAAACACUGA